AUGCUCGCACCAGCACGGCUUAUCCACAGCCACUAUCGCAAGCGCGACCUCACUGUGGCGGCCGAGAUCCAAUUGGAUGCCUAUCUGCGUCAACUAUCGACGGGCAGCCAGAUCGAGUUUCGCAUCGCCCGCACCCCGGAGCCCUUCGCGACUGUUUCCCUAAAUGACAUUCUGGAAAGCGACGAGCCCAGACCGUCUCGACCGCCCUCUCUCCGGCGACAAUUCGCACCCUCGAAGCCCCCGACCCCUUCCUCAGUAGUGGGCCGCAACUACAGCACGACAGACUCGUCCGAGGAGACCUCGGGUAUGAGCAGCACCAGGUCCGCCUCCCCGCGCCGGUCGAGCCUGUUCUCCCCCGACCCGGCGCUCGCGGACGACGAGGGCGAGACCACUGGGCCGGAGCGCGACGUUUCACGGGGCAGUCUCGCCGCCGGGCGAGACGCUGGGACGGGGUGA